UAUUAAUAAAAUGGCGUUUAGGAAUUUUGAUGAUGAAGGCUCAGAUGAUGGAGCAGAGACUUUUCCAUUGACUUUGCAGGAUAGGGAGGAUACUGAGUUUUAUCAGAAGAUUACGGAUAUGCUUUUGGGAGCUGGGUAUUUUAGAGCAAGGCUUACUAAUAUUGAGCCUUUUGAUAAGAUCUUGGGAGGAUUGACCUGGUGUAUUAUUGGGCUCAUGUAUUCAGCGGAAAUGGAUUUUAGAGAUGAUCUCUCACUUGGAGAGAAACUUAAGCUAGCGGAAACAGUCACGGAUGCUUUGGUUGAGAUGAGAUGUCCUCACCAGCUUUUCCCACAUGAGAUCCAAAAUUGUACUUUUGAAAAGAUUCUUCCUGUAAUGCAGUGGUUGAUCAAUCUUUUGCUUAAAACUAGAGAUAAAAGAGGAUCAAUUACCAAGAAACAAGCUAUUCAGAGCUUUAACAGAAGAUUUGACAAGAACAUCGGUAAAGAUAGACCCAAAAUCGACAAACUCUACGAUCUCUCUGAGAGAAUUAAGCCAAAGAGAGCUUUUAAAUCAACUAGGAUAGAUGGAACAAAACUUGAGGACCCUAAAAGAGUUCAUGCUUGUCUGAGAGAGUUUAAUGAUCCUUCCGCUUCCCGUCUGUACAAAAGAAUCAUGGAAGAUAUUUCCAGACAGGUCAGGACCAAGGAGAGAGAAAGAAUGCAGAAAGAGACUGAGGAAGGGCUUGGUAAUGUUGAAGAAGUCAAAAAGGGAGAUAAACAGAUGAACAGCAUUACCAAGACUAUUGAUGAGAUUAAAAAUAUGAAGAAAGACGAUACUUAUAAAGAUAUUAAUGAAGACUUCAUGGUUACUGAGUCUGGAGAGCAAGUUAAAACAGAGCUUGAUGAAGAGAUUUCUAAGUUAAAACAAAGAACUUUUAAAGUAAAAGCUGGAGAUGUCAAUCAGAUUUUGACACAAAAUAUCGACCAGUUAUCCUCAGAAGUUCAAAAUUUCCAGAAAAUGAGUGAAGAAGCACUGAAGCAGGACGAGGAAUUCUUUAUUCAGAGUAGAAAAGAAGAACUUGAGAGAGAGUUAAAACAAUUUCAGAAGAGAAAAGAAAUUAAAGAGAAACAACUAGAUAACGAAAGGCAGAUCCUCGAACAGAAAAGAGUUCAAUUUAAAGAGAUAAAGGCUAAAUAUGAAGAGAAUCUUGAUCUUGGCCAAAACCUGGAUAGGGAUAUCGAGUCUCUAUCAACUAAGAUAUCCCAGUGCCCAGUCACAGAGGAAGACUUAAAGAAAGUUCAUAAGAAGGAACAGCUCAAAAAUGAUAUUAAGGACUUCAAAAAGAAGUGCAGAGAAGAAAGAGACAGACUCGAAACUGAGUUGCAAAAGAUUAAGGAAAAGAACGAGAGAAUCAGACAAGAACAGUAUGCUCAAGCUUUGAAAGCUAUUGAGGAUAAAUAUAAUGCUCAGUAUGAGAAGUUAAUGGAAAGAAAGAUGAAGAUUGCUGAACAGAACAGACACAUUACGGCUUUGCAGAGGAAAAUUGAGAACUGACCUUCAAAGAUUGAGCUUUCUCAGUAUCAUAAAAGGUUUACUGAGUUGUAUGAAUCCAUUAAUGAUAAAUUUGAAGAAAACAGAAAGUACAUCAGUCUGUAUAAUACUAGACAAGAGGUUAAGAAUUUGCUCAGUCGUCAACAGAAUUAUAUGGAUGAAAUCAAGAAGGAAUUCGUUAGUACUAAAGGCAAGAAAGAGAGAACAAACCUUCUUGAAAAUCUAGAGAAUAUUGUUGUUCAGCUAAAUGAUAGAAUUACUCAGUCCUUCCAGAUUCUUACUGAAUUGAGAGCUGAGAAAGAGAAAACUGUAGAAGACUUUAAUGACAUUCUGCAAAAGGAGAAAGAUCAUUUCAACAGAAUUAAGAUAUUUGAAGCUGAAUGCAGCAAGAAUGAGCUACUUAUGAACCAGUACCAAGAGAUUAAGAAAGAUAAGAAGAAAAAAGAAGCUCCUCAGUAUGCCUAGACUUCAUUUAUUUUAUCAACAAUUGCAUAAAA